GACUUACAGGGUCUAAUUCCGGGUUCUCGGAGACUUUAGGGAUGGGAGCUGGCCCCAGAGAAAUCGGACGCCUUGCCCUCGUUGGAGGCCCCUGGGACUUGCUGAAUCACUUCAUCCCACCUGUCGCUGCCAGUCUUUGGGAAGGAGGAACACAGGGGGGCAGAGAAGAGUGAGCUGACGACGGCAGAGGCAGAGGGGUCGGCAGGCUGGCCCAUGGCUGAGGCCUCCACCCCAAAACUGGGGGAAGAAGCAGAAGCCACACCUUGCCCCAGUGUCCUGCAGCUGGAAGAGCUCCUGAGGGCCGGGAGAGCCUCUUGUAGCCGCGUAGACGAAGUCUGGCCCAACCUUUUCAUAGGAGAUGCGGCCACGGCAAAUAACCGCUUUGAGCUGUGGAAGCUGGGAAUUACCCAUGUGCUGAAUGCCGCCCACGGGGGACUCUACUGUCAGGGAGGCCCUGACUACUACGGCAGCGGUGUGAGCUACCUGGGGGUACCAGCCCACGACCUCCCUGAUUUCAACAUCAGCACCUACUUCUCCUCAGCAGCUGACUUCAUCCACUGUGCCCUCAACACACCUGGGGAGCCAGUCCUUACUCUCGGCCACCAGGCUCUUCCAGCUUGCUACUCUGGCCCUGGCCCUGAUGGCGACCUUAGCCCAAGUGGAUACCCGGAAGAUGGAAAAGGCCCGGCGUGGGGCUCACUCAGGAACUCACUGCUUCAUCAGCCCCCUCCAGUGUUCCACACACCCUCCCAGCCGCCGCUGCCGCCAUCUCCAGUCUCCACAGGUAAACAGCAUCAAGUGUGCAGAGACAGGCGGCUGGAAGUCGGCAGUACACACUGUCUGUCGGAGAAGACUACGGCCUGGGCAGGAUCUCCCUACAGGAUGGACUCGAUGCAGAAGCAGGACCUCCGGAGGCCAAAGAUACAUGGGGCGGUCCAGGUGCCCCCCUACCAGCCACCCACGCUAGCCUCACUGCAGCGAUUGCUGUGGGUCCGCCGGACCGCCACAAUGACCCACAUCAAUGAGGUCUGGCCCAACCUCUUCUUGGGAGAUGCAUACGCGGCCCGAGACAAGAGCCGGCUGAUCCAACUGGGCAUCACCCACGUUGUGAAUGUCGCUGCAGGCAAGUUUCAGGUGGACACAGGUGCCAAGUUUUACCGUGGAACACCUCUGGAGUACUAUGGCAUUGAGGCCGACGACAAUCCCUUCUUUGACCUCAGUGUCUACUUUUUGCCUGUUGCUCGAUACAUCAGAGAAGCCCUCAAUUCUCCCCGAAGCCGCGUGCUGGUCCACUGCGCCAUGGGGGUAAGCCGUUCUGCCACAGUCGUCCUGGCCUUCCUCAUGAUCUGCGAGAACAUGACCCUGGUAGACGCCAUCCAGACGGUGCAGACCCACAGAGAUAUCUGCCCCAACUCAGGCUUUCUCCGGCAGCUCCAGGUUCUGGACAACAGGCUGAGGCGGGAAUCAGGGCAACUCUGACUUAGGGAGCGCCCGAAGCCCUGACCCCUCCAUCCAGCGUAGCCCCGCCUGACCUGCCUGGCCUUGGGGAUGGCAGUCUCAGCUGUUUCCAGAGACCCUGAGAUGUCACCAGCAAGUCAGGGCUCCGCGGAGGCAGAGGCAGGGCAGGCUGGGUGUCAUCCUUCAGCAGGUGGAGUCCCUUGAUCCAAUAUAAAAAUUCUUUAUGCACAAGAAAAUUCAGUCUGUCUCUAUAAUAAAAGUUCAUCAUAAUGAA